AUGAAGACUCGACGUUGAUUCAACGGCUCUGCAGUUGCUAACAAUAUCUUAUAACCUAUCUCAUUCAUACCUCUCUAGAUUACCUUCGUUGUCCACUGAACACCAAGGCUAAAAGCUACGAACGGACACAAUUUGCUCUAAUUACUAGUUACCUAGAGAACACCACCAUGUGUCAAGGCUCAGAAAGAGGACGGCUCUGCGGCCAGCCGCAGAAGUGUGCCAGUCCUCCAGGUUCCAUGGUGAGCCUCGACACUGACUAUUCAGACUACGACCAAAAGUUAAUGAAACGUACCGCCGAACUAAUGUCGCAGCUGAGACUUGAAGAAGGCGCCACUAAUGUGAAGAACCUCGUGGACCGGGGCAACACAGUUAGCAAGAGCAUGCACGAGAAUCUAGUACAGACGCAAAAUAUGAUCUCUUGCAAAGCGCCGUGGGACCCCAACUCCGACUCGGAUUCCGACGCUGGCAACCGCGACACAGCGCAUCUCACCCCUGACGGAACAGAAGUCAUUCAGAAAGAAUACGUUCUGAUCAACGGCCAUUAUGCACUGAUUACGUAUCGCAAACAGCUGAAGGACGUCGACCCAUAUUUGCUCCUCAAGCUGCGCCAAAAACGCGAGAAGGAAGUCGCAAAAUGGGAAGCGAAGCAGAAGAAAGGGAAAGGAAGGGGGUUCGAGGGAGAACAAGAUUCAAAGCAGUGUAUCUCAGAGCCCCUGGCUCAGCUGACGGGGAUAAAAGCUAAUACUUCGGCUCGGCGGACUGCUGCUGGCGAGAGUCGGGGAAACUUGGAUGAGGGCCUUAGCCAUUUGCAAGAAAAGCUUCGUGAAGGGCGAGUCAAGGCGCGUGCGUCAUCGCCAUUUUCGUUGCCGUCCUCUUCCUCUUCAUCGGAGAGGUCUUUCAAAGCAAGAGCAGCUCGGGUCGGCUUCCAUCCUACGAAAUCUGGGGAAUCCAUCAAGAGACAAGGUAAAGACCGCGUGGUCGAGCUUGAUGACGAUCCUGAUAUUUGGCUCAUGAUCGCUGACCAAUACAGAGGCGAGUCUAUUACGGAAUAUAAAGGUGAGACCAAGCUUACACGCGGCCCUGCCCUCAACAAGCAGUAGGUCUAAAGAUCAGAUAAACUAAGUUCAUUAACCUCCAUAGACUCACAAAAUUCUCAUCCUAGCCACGUAUUGCCUGACCGUACUAUUAUGAAUAUCCUCAGCUCUCAUCCCGUUCGUGAACUUUCGUCCA